AAUGAUGUGCAUGUGAAUUUCACUCGAGAAGAGUGGGCUUUGCUGGAUCCUUCCCAGAGGAAUCUCUACAAAGAUGUAAUGCUGGAGACCUACAGGAACCUCACUGCUAUAGGCUACAAUUGGGAAAGUCAUAAUAUAGAAGAGCAUUUUCAAAAUUCUAGAAGACAUGCAAGCCAUAAAAGAACACACACUGGAGAGAAACCUUAUGAAUGUACUGAGUGUGGCAAAGCCUUUGCACAAAACAGUACUCUCUUAAUCCAUAAAAGAAUACACACUGGAGAGAAACCUUAUGAAUGUAACCAGUGUGGUAAAGCCUUUGCACAAAACAGUGCUCUCAUAAGCCAUAAAAGAACACACACUGGAGAGAAACCUUAUGAAUGUAACCAGUGUGGUAAAGCCUUUGCACAAAACAGUGCUCUCAUAAGCCAUAAAAGAACACACACUGGAGAGAAACCUUAUGAAUGUAAUGAGUGUGGCAAAGCCUUUGCACACAACAGUACUCUCUUAAGCCAUAAAAGAACACACACUGGAGAGAAA